GAGCUUGGUUAAUGUAAGUAAUGGCAACAUGACGGUGGAGAAGAGCAAAGGCACGGAGAAGAUCCUGCCGCCGGCCGCCACGCGCAAGGUGGCGCCGGACGGCGGCUGGGCGUGGAUGGUGUGUCUGGGAGUGAGCUUGGUUAAUUUUUCAACACGAUCCCUAGAGCCGUCCUUUGGUCUUCUCUUCAAAGACCUGCUAGAAGACCUGGGCGUCCAGACAACUGGUGCUGCAGUCAUCGCCAGUACUCUCGACUCCGUGGUCAACUUUUCCGGUUUCUUCGUGGGCCCCGUCAUAAAAACCUUUUCAUACAGAAAGGUUUGCUUCGUGGGCUCCAUGAUAUGUGCCCUUGGACUUCUCUUCACCGCACCAGCGAACAGCAUGGCUCAUAUACUGGCCACGUAUAGUAUAUUAGGAGGACUUGGAGUUGGUCUAGCCUCAUCAUCAUCUUUUGUAUCACUAAAUCACUACUUUUCGAAGAAGCGUGGUCAGGCCGUGGGUUUGUCCAUGGCUGGGACGGGUUUUGGGUUGAUGGUCAUGCCACAGUUAGUCAAAAUACUGCUCGGAGAGUUUGGGUUUAGAUGGACGGUGGUGAUACUGGGUGGUAUGGCGUUCCACGCGGUGUUGGGGUCGUGUCUACUUCAGCCUGUUAAAAGACAUCUCAUAGACGAGCCUAUUGACUGUGAGAUGCAACUUGUAAAGGAAAUGGAGUGCAUACAUGAAAGCGACGAGGAAGCCGAUGACAAGUUCGAGAUAAACCCACUCGUUACACGGGGCGUUCUGCCGAAGCUCACCAAACAGCGUUCCCAUGGAAACAUGAACCAUCCAUCCGUGAGGACCGUCGGUCUUCCGAGAGCUAAGACUUGUGACAAACCCUUGCAGGAGUUCGAAAUAAACGCCAAAAUGGGUACAGGGUUGACAACCGCCGCAUCGGUGGGCGCCAUGCAAAGGGUUAUCUCUAGCGGCAGUAUGAGCGAGGAGGCGAGGAAGAGAAAAGUAUCUGUGAUAUCAAAUAUAUCCAAUAUGGACUUUACUGGGAGCUAUUUUCAGUUGUAUCUUGAUACAGCAGACGAAGAUGCGUUACAAAUGAAGCCAUUAAAAAAAACGCAGCCAGUAGAGGAACAACAGAAGCAAGGCUUCUUUAAAAAGUUCAUCAGCCUUAUGGACUUGGAUCUUUUAAAAGAUUGGUCCUUUUUGAAUCUUUUAUUGGGCCUAUCGUUGUUUUGGAGUGGGGAGCUACAGUUUAGGAUGUUGACGCCAUUCUUUAUAAGAAGUUUAGGGUACAAUUUGAAUGACACGGCGUUUUGUUUAUCCAUCACCGCCAUAUCUGACAUUGGCGUGCGGUUGGUGUUGCCACCGAUAUUUGACAGGACCAACAUCACUAAGAAAAUGGUGUUCUUUGUGUCCAGUUUCUUCUUGGCUGUGACUAGAUCAGUUCUAGCAGAACAAACAGAAUGGAUUCCUCUGAUGAUUUGGUUGUCAAUAUGCGGGUUCUUCCGAGGCAUGUGUCUCAGUAACUUCACUCUGACCAUAUCUGAAUACUGUCCAUUGGAAAAGCUACCCGCCGCCUUCGGGCUACAUAUGGUCAGCAAGGGAGUCCUAGUUGUGCUGAUUGGGCCGAUUAUAGGUUACGUGAGAGACUACACUGGUAGCUUCGCUAUAUGCAUCCACGUACAGAACGCCAUGAUAAUGUCCUGCGUUGUAGUUUGGGGCAUAGAGUACGCACUGGCGUUUACCAGGAGACGCAAGGUUGUACAAAUAUAGUACAUGCUAUACUUAGUGCAAAGUUGCACAAACAUAGUACAUGCUGUACUUAGUGCAAGGUUGUACAAAUAUAGUACUGUAGUUACUGCAAGGUUGUACAAAUAUAGUACUGUAGUUACUGCAAGAUUGUACAAAUAUAGUACUGUAGUUACUGCAAGAUUGUACAAAUAUAGUACUGUAGUUACUGCAAGUUUGUACAAAUAUAGUACAUGCUGUACAUAGUGCAAGGUUGUACAAAUAUGGUACUGUUGUUACUGCAAGAUUGUACAAAUAUGGUACUGUUGUUACUGCAAGAUUGUACAAAUAUAGUACUGUAGUUACUGCAAGAUUGUACAAAUAUAGUACAUCCUGUGCUUAGUGGAGUAGAAACCUGCAUCCAGCAUUGCUGGUAGGUAGAAAGACAUCUAAAAGACAUUCGAAGUGUAUUGUUAUAAUUUUUUGGCAUAUCGUAGUAUUAGGUAACGGAAUUGAACGGUCGUUUUAUAUGUGUGUCCUACUCGAGCUUAUACAUCAAUGAAUCGUUAUUUAUAUGUGCGAGAUUUAUCACGAUUCGUUAUAUAUUUUGUUAGUGGCAUUCUUAAAUAAAGGUCGCUGCAUACAUAAUGGGGUUGGGAUGUGAACCGAACGGGAGAUGGGACAUAUUUGUUGUUUUUACUCGCCUAAAUAAUAAUAUAAUAAAUCCAGUAAGUAUUCGAAAUUCAUUGAUGUGAUAACUCGGUGAAAUGCAGUAAUUAUAGGACCUAAAAGUGGGUUGUUGCGUUAGUUUCAAAUUUGUGCCCAAAAUAUAAUCCAGAAAUAAAUAAGUGGUUCACAUAAUGUGAAUAUAUCGGAAAAUGUAAUAUGUAUUUUGAAAGAAUAUUUAACAAUAAAAAAGUUUUAAACAAAUAAAAAGGCACAUUACAUUUUAUUCUGACUUCAUCAGAAUUCAUCAUAUACAUACUCGUAUGUAGGGUUUUAUUUAGAAUACGUAACAAGGACAUGUUCACGAUUAAGUACUCCAGGUAAUUUUUAAUCAUUUUUUACAUAACUUUCUUAUAAAUCAGUUGCAUAUAUUCCGAUAAUUUGACACAAUAUGUUGAGCUACUUAUUUGUUACAUUAGAACGGAAUCUAGUUUAGAAGUUUAAAUUCUUAAACAAUAUUUUAUAUGUACCUAUUAUAAUUAUUUCAUGAUUGUACUGUACUGUUGUUAUGUAACAUUCGAAUUUAUAAUGCUCUUUACUAAUAAAACGGGAGCUUGUGCUGGCUAGACUUUCCUCAUUUUAUAAUACUGUAGGUAUUUGUCACCUACCAAAUUAAGUAAACUAACUGACUAAUACAGUAUUGGUAUGUAUGGAGAGUGUGCACAAGAGCUAUUUGAGCUUGUACCACCGUCACCUUUUUACCAUCGCACUGCAAGACACCGGGUAGGUUCCCAUCCCUACGUCAUUGACAUUCCUAGGACUCGUACGAAGCGAUUUGCCUCUUCGUUUCUUAUACGUAUGGCUAGGGUAUGGAACUCUCUCCCGAAGUCAGUAUUUCCUAAUUCUUACAACUUGGGCAUCUUUAAGAUGAGAGUGAAUAGGCAUCUUCUAGGCAAGCGCGUAUCACCUUAGGCCACAUUUACACUUACCAUCAGGUGAGAUCGUGGUCAAGCGCGAGCUUAUUUCGUAUCAAAAAAAAAAUGUAUGAUAGGCAGCAGUAGCGAAGUCUGAAAAUUAGUAGGUAACCCAUUCAUGUGUUUUGGCCACGUGCGUUAAAUGUAUUAUUAUAAACGUCCGUAAAACCCGUGGAAUUUUAAAAGGUAAUCCGAUAGGAAUCGGGUUGUUAGGAAACAUCGCCCCUAGUAGGCAGCUAUGGAGAUAUGGUGGCUUUAGAAGCUUGCAAGUUUCAAUGGUCCAUAGAUGCCCACGGUAUUUAACUUGACAGCCUCCGUGGUGCAGUGUUAUGCGCCGUGGAUUUACAAAAUGGAGGUCCUGAGUUCGAUUCCCGGCUGGGCUGAUUGAGGUUUACAUGAUUGGUCCAGAUAAGGCUGGUUGGAGGCGUCGGCCGUAUCUAUUUACCACUCUACCGCUCUAAGACAUACCGCUAUUUAGCGUUCCGGUACGAUGUCGUGUAGAAACCGAAAGGGGUAUGGAUUUUCAUCCUUCUCCUACCAAGUUAGCCCGCUUCCAUCGUAGAUUGCAUCAUCACUUAUCAUCAGGCGAGAUUGCAGUCAAGAACUAACUUGUAGAUUAAUAAAAAAAAGCCAACACACUUUCAGCUUUUAUGAAAAGAGGAAGGUCUGGCAUUUACAAGCCUUUAGUCUGUAAAGCAAACAGAAUGACAGUUUUGCUACUCAUGUACUAUGUCUAAAUUAUUUUUACCGACUAACGGCAGGCGUCCACAUAUCGGCAUCGUUCGCAUUGCUUCAAACGGAUUUUGGUAUUUUUUAUAUAAAUUCAAACAAAUGUGUUUCACUGAUCCGCAUCGUACAGAUCGAAUCGAACGGAUUUUAUCUACCGUAAAGCGGAUCAGUGGACGCCUAGCAUAAUAGUGGCAGAAAUGAAAUUGUGUUCCUUUUCGUUGCGUUGAUUGUUGACGCAUGCUAACCUUAUCUUAAAGUGACUAAAAAUAAUGUCUUGCAUUCAUUAAUAGGCAAAACACAAAUAAACAAACAAGUAUUAUUGUGUAAAUGCCAGGUAAAAAUGAUUUAGAUAUACCUACUUAGUUGUAAUUGAUUUCUACUUGAUAUUAUUUUUACAGCGAAAGUUUAGUUUAAUUGAGAAUAAUAUGUAAUUAUGUCGUAAAUUGUUUUAAAUUGUUCUUUGGAGCCAUCUUAAAUUAACGAUCGUUUACAACACCAAACUAAGUUUGGUGUUUCCUAUUUAAAAACAUUCAGAGCCCUUUGUUUUGUUUUGUUAAUUCUAUUCAAUAUUUGAUUUAAAUGUAAAUAAAAUAAUUUCGGAAAUUAUAUUAUAAUUGAAUAUAUUCUGGAUUUAAAAUUGCAGAAUGUGUGGUGACACAAGGGAGUGAUAUCACACAAUUAAAUAAAUAAUAAACAUUAGACUUCAGACAAGGAACAAAGGAUGUGUCAAAAAUAACGAAAUUAACGUAAUUUAUUUGUAGAUGGCCCUUUAGACAAUUUUGUUAAAAAUAUAAUUAAAUAACGCAAAUUUUAUAGCUGUUAUACUUAACUACAUGAUACUUAUAAAAUUUGUACUUAAGAUUAGUAGAAUUUACUUGUAGUAAGUUCUUCUGUUCUUUAGCAAUGUUCUACUUUAUAAAGGAAGCAUUUAUACUUAAAGCAACCGAUUAAACUCAAGAUUAAUUUAAGGUUAAAAAAAAUAGUACACUUUGAACAUGGCUUUGGUUAAAAGCUUCUAUGUUAUGAAUUUUAGUAGUAGGUACGAUUAUGUACAAUAAAGUUAUAGAAAUUUAUAUUUAUAGUUUAGAUUUAGUUGUUGUUUAAAGGUCAUAGCACACAUAUCAUAUCGGAAAAGGAACGUAAUCACAUCGCUUCGUCGUCAAACAGGCGACGAAAGGCCAGAACGGGGGAUGAUUUAUUGUUUACCCAUUAAUUUUAAUGUAAAACUAAGCAUAACUUUUUAUUGAGUGGUCUGAUUUUGAUAAUUCUUAGUUUAUUGGAAAGAUAUUAUUUUUCCAAAGACGUGUAUAUUUGAAAAAAAAAACUAUUCGAACCCUAAGAGUAGGAAAAUAGGGAACGAGUUAUAACCCAUCUAAUCAUGAUUGUGUACCCAUUAAUUUUACCACUGGCACUGCACUCGAAGUGACCAGUAGAUAUAAAUAUUAUAAUGUUUUCUUUCGCUUAUUAGUUUCUUGCAUACGUUUGUUUUUUUGAAGUCGGUAGUAUUUUUUAAUUAUUUACUAUAAAAAAUAGCAUAGAUAUUGUUUAAACAAUAUAAAUCAUAUUGUUCCCGCACCAAUAGGUUUCUGAUUUCAAAUAACAUAAAAAAAUAUAUAAUUUAAAAAAAAACAACAUCAAAAUUGAACCUGUUUCUGAGCACUUUCAGAAUAAUGCUGUUUUAUGUUAUAUAGCGCGAGCCGUAAGCUUAUCAAGAAAUGAGGCGAUUACUUUCCGAUUCGUCUUUCCGUUCGCUGUAACGAGUUUCAUAAAAAGAAUACUGGACGGCUUGAGUUGAUAUGUGUGCUCUGACCCUAAAUAGUAUUUUUAUUAUUGUUGAGUGAGUUGAGGUUUGCUGCUUGAAAGUUAUUGAGUUGAUGCUCAAAUUCUUCAAUAUUUAAUUAUUUUUAAUUAUUUUCUUUCAGUGUAGAGUUUUAGCACAACCAUGACUGAAUCUAUUCAUUGUUUUUAGAAUGUAUUUUUGUAGUAAUAGUGAUUCAUUUUAAACUUUAUCGCUAUAAUGAUAAAGUAUAAAGUUACUCACUCAAAUUCAAUUAAGUAAAUAUGGAAUGAACACGUCAAAUAAUCUUCUCUCUAAAAAUUUUAUAGAUCCAUUUUAGGCGAUUUUCUAGUAGUUCCUUUACAAUUUUUAGAUGUCUGUAUUUUUUAUGUAGAUUGUAUUAAUCCUUUUUGUAGACCUAUUUAUGUCUACUUGUUUAUUAUGCGAUAUAGACUUCAUAAUUUGUAAUAAUUAUUAUACGACUUCCUAGAAAAGUAAUAAUAUAUUUAUUGUGGUUUAAAUAACAAUAAUUUUAUAAUAAUUUUGUCUACCUACACGUUUUAUUUUCUAUAAUGUAUUUUGAUAUUUAAACCAAUAACGUUUAGUGAAUAAUUAUAAAAACCUCCAAAAACUGUAUAAGCAUAAAAAAAAUAAAAUGGGUGUCAUUUAUUGUAAAUUUGAAACAGUUGGUUUUUAAGGUAAUUAAAUGCUUUUGUGAAAACAAUUUAUUUGUAUCACGUUUACAUUGCUCGUCAGUGUAAACGCACGUUUAACAUUUACGUUUUUGUUAUAUAGAAAUACCUUAACUAAAUUAUACCUCGCGAUACACUCCUGGACCAUAUCAUUAUAAAGCAAUUUUUAAAUAUUAACGAUAUUAAUAAUGUGUUAUUUUUAUACUCAAGUAGCUAAUAGUUACUUAACUAAGUGUGUACUAGUAGUAGAAGAUCCGAAUUAGAAACGACCUUCACCCAUCUGUUUAAUGGAUAAAAAGUGUUUUAUAUCAAAUUCAGUAAAUUAAAAAAUACAUUGCGAGUACUUACCAUCACGAUUUGAGUCAGAUUGUAGUCAAGGGCUAACUUGUAGAGAAAAAAAUAAAUAAAAAAAAUGGUUGCCUAUACAUCUGGCCAAAUUAUUAUUAACUAUCGUUAAUAAAGAAGAGUUUUUGAGGCAACCUACUCGCAACAUAUUUUUUAACAUACUAAUUUUGAUACAAAAUAUUUUUCAUCCAUUACACAGAUGGGUGAAGCUCGUUUCUAAUACGGAUUAUAUAGCGCUAUAAUGAUUUAUUGCCAGGAGCGUGGGAGUGAGGUAUGAAUAUUUCUUUACAUAUAUAGAAUAGUAAAAGAAUUAACUACUACGUUCGUACGUAUUACUUAUUAUAAUGACUACUUUCCAUUUAAGGCGAGCUAGUAAGGAGGUUCUGUGAGGUUAUAUAAGGUGAUUUUUGUAACUCCAGUAGGCCUAACAUGUGACCUACAAAGAGAAAAUCUCGUGAAGAGAAAUAGACAAAGGCCUCGGCCUAAUGUGAUGGCCUAAAAAGAGUGCGAUACUUCCAGUUCGGCCACAAUUUGUCGAUUUUCUGCGGCUUCUUGGUGUCAGGUCUUAUUAAAUGAUCCUAACGAACCUUCGGGCGUUAGUCGCCCAUAGGUUCAUUGUUGUUGGCCUGUUGUAUUAAUUAGCGAUUUAUAUUUUCAGUAAGCAAUCGAUUUAUUAUACUCGUACCAGUAGAAAUUAAUGCAAAUAUAAUGUGUACGUAAAUUGUUUUUACCUGGUACCUUUUUAUAUAACAUACAUUGAUACAAUCGAUAGAAUAUUGCAGCUAACCUGUAUGUCGGAUGCAAUCUUUAUAACGACUCCGAAAUAAGUUUCGCGCAGGUUGUACUUAAAGUACGUUAAAAUCGUGCGCGGGGUGUUGCACCGCCGCCGCGGCCCUACGUAACCGGUGAUUCCUAAAAUAGUGUAUUGGGCAGAUUGAUGCAAGCGUUGCUGUUCCGAAACUUCAUAAAGAUUGCAUCCGACUGUAAUAGAAUAAAAUUGUGCAAGUGCCCAGUCUAUUCUCCAACAUCUUAAAGGCAACAUUAUCAAACUGCAUUGCCGGUUAUUUUGUUAUCCCAGUGAAGAAAACUUAUUAGUUUAUUGGUUUAAUGUAGUAUAUUAUUUUAGUCUAAUAUCCGUAUUAGAAACGACCUUCACCCAUCUAUUUAUUGGGUGAAGGUAGUUUCUAAUACGGAUCUUAGACAAUUAGAAACUACCUUCACCCAUCUGUUAAUAUUGCAAGUGUGAAAUAAUGUACUAAUUUUAACGUACUAAAGGUUGCUUAAAAAAUUCCUGGCCAAUCUAUUAUUAACCAUUAUUAACCAUUAUUAACUAUCAUUAAUGAUAGUUUUAAGGCACCCUACUCGCAACAUAUUUCUUAACAUUAUAAUUUUAUGUAAAACAUCCAAUAUAUAAAUGGGUGAAGGUCGUUUUUAAUUCGGUUAUUUUAAAGACAUGUAUAGCCACUUCAAAAAUUAAAAAAAGUUUGAGAACGUCAAAUCCGAUUGAUAGGUUGAUCACGUGGUAUAUCAAUAACGAAUGUCAUUUUCAUUCAUUUUUAGUUUUCGAAGCGGUUGCGUUUGUAGAAAGUUAAUAAUCGAUAAUAAUUAAUUAUGUAACAUGGUUAGAGCGGCUGUGUGACGUCACAGUGAAAAUUUUAUGAAAAUUACAUAAAACACUUUAAGUCUGACAAUACACAUUUUGAGGUGUCAGGUAAAAAUAAUAAUCUAGAUAGAUAAUAAAUAACUUAUCCUACAGCAAGCGCAUUAUCAACUGAGUCGUCGGGCCACAAAUUAUUUCUUCCAUGUCUAUUUAUCUUUUGACAUUUAUACCCCUCAGCUCACUCGAUAACGCGCUUCCUAAUGUAAGGAAAAAAAAUGUGUAACAAAAGUAUAUCGCUUAUUAGACUGGCGUCUUACUUAAUACACUUUAUAAUAUUAUUUUGUGUAACAAUGUUAC